AUGGAUCGUCGAGUGCAGUUAGCUCCGCGUCAGGAGUUGAUUCAACAGUUUCUGCGAGUGCCCAACGAUAAGAUCAGCGGUGGUGGCGGUGCUAGUUCGGGACGAACCAGUCCUUCGGUGGCCGGUAGCAUGCAGUCGGAUCCAGAGUCGUGUUUCGAGGAUGCGCGAUACGCCGACGAUGAAUCCGACGACGAAAUGAUGAGUGAGUGA